GUUUCCAGGCAUAAAUACAAAGCGGAGCCGGUCUGAGGCCAAACGGGCACAAAGGAAAGCGGAGCACUCUGAGGUUUUAAAGCUGAAGACUACGAGAGUCAGACUCCAUCGAAGAGGAUCUUGGACGGCAUGCAAAGUUGUGAAAUUUCGUCAGACAGCACUGAUGAUCCUCUUAGUAGCGGCCUACGCACUCAUCGGCAGCCUCGAAUAGUAGUGAUUGGUGCUGGCUUGGCCGGCCUUGCUGCAACUAAGAUCCUACUGAAAAACGGCUUCACGGAUGUCACUGUCCUAGAGGCGUCAGACCACGUCGGCGGGAGAGUUCAAAGUGUUCAGCUCGGAAAAGCAACUUUGGAGCUUGGAGCCACCUGGAUCCAUGGUGCCAAUGGGAACCCAGUGUACCACCUGGCAGAGGACAACGGGCUGCUGGAGCACACCACAGACGGGGAGAGGAGCGUGGGACGCAUCAGCCUGUACACUAAGAAUGGCGUUGCUCACUACCAGACCAACGUCGGGAAGAGGAUCCCCAAAGACCUGGUGGAGGAGUUCAGUGACCUGUACAACGAGGUGUACGAGCUGACUCAGGAGUUCUUCCAGAAUGGGAAGCCUGUCUGCGCUGAGAGCCAGAACAGCGUUGGCAUCUUUACGCGGGACGUGGUGCGCAAGAAGAUCAUGUUGGAUCCUGAUGAUUCUGAGAGCACCAAGAAGCUCAAACUGUCCAUGCUUCAGCAGUACCUCAAGGUGGAGAGUUGUGAAAGCAGCUCUCCCAGUAUGGAUGAGGUGUCUCUGAGUGAGUUUGGCGAGUGGACAGAGAUCCCUGGUGCACAUUAUGUCAUUCCUGAAGGUUUCAUGAAGGUUGUGGAGCUCCUGGCCCAAGACAUCCCCUCUCGCACCGUCUGCCUUAGCAAACCGGUCCGCAGCAUCCACUGGAACUACUCAGCCCAGCAUCAGGAGGUGAUCGCCAAGAGCAGCGACACCCACCAGGAAAACAACCACAAUGACAACAACCACGGCUGCCAACCUCGCGAGGACCCUCUGAUCCUGGGUCAUCCCAUUUACGUGGAGUGUGAGGACGAGGAGUGGAUCGCAGCUGACCAUGUGAUCGUCACAGCCUCUCUGGGCGUCCUGAAGCAGAACCACGAGGCCAUGUUCUCCCCCUCUCUGCCUGAGGACAAAGUGCUCGCCAUCGAGAAGUUGGGCAUCAGCACCACCGAUAAGAUAUUCUUGGAGUUUGAAGAGCCCUUCUGGAGCCCCGAGUGCAACAGCAUCCAGUUUGUAUGGGAGGAUGAGGCUCAGCUCGAACAGCUGGCCUACCCCGAGGAGCUGUGGUACAAGAAGAUCUGCAGCUUUGACGUCCUCUACCCGCCCGAGCGCUAUGGCUACAUGCUGAGCGGCUGGAUCUGCGGGCAGGAGGCGCUGUACAUGGAGCGCUGCGAUGACGAAACAGUGGCCGAGACUUGCACUGAGCUCCUGAGGCGCUUUACAGGGAACCCCGACAUUCCUAAGCCCUGGCGUGUCCUGCGCUCCUCGUGGGGCAGUAACCCCUUCAUUCGAGGCUCCUACUCCUUCACCAGGGUGGGAUCCAGCGGUGGGGACUGUGAAAGGCUGGCCAUGCCGCUGCCUUAUGCCAACAGCACCAAGGCUCCGCCUCUACAGGUCCUGUUCGCUGGAGAGGCAACCCACAGAAAAUACUAUUCCACUACCCAUGGUGCUUUGCUGUCAGGACAGAGGGAGGCCACUCGUCUAAUAGAGAUGCACCAGGACUUGCACAGAGCUGAAACCACAAAGCCUAAUAUGUAAAAUAAAAAAAACCUCUGACUAGUGAAAAACAUUACUGUUGAGUUUUACGCAUCUUAUCUUGGUGAUUAAGUUAUACUUAAAAACAUAGCUCGGGCAUUAUUUCAUUAAUGAGUAUUGUUUCUAUUGUACUGUAGAUUCAAAUCAUGCAACAUUUUUAUUUGAGAUGUACUGUUCAAAGGUUGCCAAUGGUGCUGUUAUUUCUUGUCUUUAUUCUGUCAUUACAUUUUUUUUUUAAUCAUUAAUUUAAUGUUUAUAAUAACAGCAUCUGUAAUUUAACUUGUUUUUGUAAGUGCCUUCUGUACGUAAUGUUAUGUUAAUUAAAAAAUAAAAGGAAAUGCUAAAUUAAAAUUGAUUUUAACAAAAUAAAAGUUCUAUCGUCAUCUAACAAGACCAGUUGUGUCUUCUUAAUUCAUUCAAAAUAUUAAACACACUACUGGUAGCCGUCAGAUAUUUCCUCUUCAUCCACUUCUGUCCUCCUGAAUAUUUUCCAGGAAAGUAUAACCACAGGCAAGAGCUGUUUCCAUACCAUCACCCUUUAGAUCUAGGAGAGCAAGGCAGACAGCGAGCGCACAUGGAAAUAAAAGAAAAGGCUCCAAAGCCAUAUUCCUGUGCCAAGGUGACAGAUGGUGUUAGAACAGA